CAGGCUGCGUUAAAGAGAGAAAAAGCGACUAAGCAAUUUUAGUCCCCGAGCCCAGCCCAGCCCACGACGACGACGACGACGACGACGUCAUACCCUGUGAUCCCCAACCCGCUUGCGCCAGCAACCACGGACUUGAAGGGAACAAACAGCCAAGAUUCCACGUAGCACACGACGACUAUAUAAUACUACUUCUCAUCGCACUGGGAACCUGAAUAGCUCACAUUUUCUUCACUCACAAACUUCGUCAUCCAGGAACACACCAACCAAACCAACCAACCAACUUUCUGAACCACCCCGCUUCCCUACCACCUACCACCUACACCAAUCUAUCACAAUGGCUCAGAGUCGCACUGGAGUUUACGCCGCUGUUGCCGCCCUCGGCCUGGGUGGUUACUACCUCUACCGCGCCGGUGGAGACCCCAAGGGUGCCACGCAGGAGGUUAAACACGACGCCCACCUUGCCCGCUUGAACGCCCCCACGGGUAACCAGGCCGAGAAGGCCGGAGAGAAGGCCGCGUAUGAGGCUCGUUUGAACGUUGACCAGGCGGUUGACUCCGCCCGCGCCGAGGCCAAGAACCAGGCUAGCCGCCUGGACCAGAUCCGCCAGGAUACCACCGCCGAGCUGAAGUCGGGCGCCGAGAAGAUCGAGCACAAGGUCGAGGAGAAGGCCUCCGAGGCCAAGGGUGCCUUGUCGGGAUGGUUCGGCAAGAAAUAG